AAGAAUAGAGUCUAAUCCCCGGGGCGCCAUACGGGGCGGCGGAUGCGCUGUCCCUGGUGCUGAGGGGUGACACCGCUCGUGCUGCUGCCGAGAGCGCUGCUCUCCACGGUGCUGAAACUCGGUCCACGCCUACGCGUGCCGCGCACCGGGGCCAGGAUGAAGAUCAACAAACUCGACCAGAGCCAACAGCAUCGGCCUCGGCUGCAGCACCUGGCCAAGCUCGGAGCGCUGGUGACGCGCAUGCAGGACUCGGAACGCGGGGUGCCGAUGAGGGACCAGCUGCUCAGCGACACAAUCAUCCCCGACGCCACCACUGGACGCGACCUCGUGCAGUGGAUGGAGCAGGGGCUGCACGUGACCGCGGACGAGGCGCUGCACCUGAGCUGGCUGUUGGUCGCCUGCGGCUUCGUCUAUCCGCUCUCCGAGCCGCGCAACCUCGCACUGCGCCCCGAUGGCUCCCUCUACCGCUUCCAGGCCCCCUACUUCUGGCCACUUUAUUACAGCCAGAGCGAGGACACGGAUUACGCGAUUUACCUGGCGCGGAAAAACAUUCGCAGCAAGGGCGAACUGGACGAAUACGAGAAGGAGUUGUACUCCGCGCUGCACCAGAAGAUCAACCACGAGUGGGACUACGUGGUGUGCCAGGCCAAGGAGCAGUACAGGAGCGGACGCGAGCGGCCCAAAGGCGACCGCGUGGUCCUCGAGUGCCAGGAGCGCGCCCACUGGCUCGUGCGGAGACCCCCGCCCGGUGCCCUGCAUGCCCUGGACAGUGGACUCAACCGAGUGAUGGAGCCUGGCGCGGAGGAGAAGCCAACGGUGGAGCAAUACCGUCGCCAGGUCAUGUACUACCAGCAGGCCGCACUGCGUUCUCGAACCAAAACCUCCGUCUCCCUCGGGAGUCUGUUGAAGUUCUCGGAGUCGUUCAGCGUGUACGACCCCCUACUCACCACGUGUCUCCCCAGCAACCCCUGGGUAACGGACGACACCAUGUGCUGGACCCUCAACUCACCCAGCGUGGAGGUGCCCACGCGGCUGCGUGUGGAGCGGUGGGCGUUCUCGUUCCGGGAGCUGCUCCGUGACCCGCGGGGCCGACGCGAGUUCCAGGCCUUCCUCAAGAAAGAGUUCAGCGGGGAGAAUCUUGCAUUCUGGGAAGCUUGUGAGGACCUGAAGCAUGGGGAUCAGAGCAAAGCGAAGGAGAAGGCGGAGGAGAUUUACAAGCUGUUCCUAGCACAGGGAGCGCGUCGUUGGAUCAACAUCGACGGGAAGACCAUGGACAUCACGGUGCGCGGACUCCAGUGCCCGCACCGAUACGUGCUGGACGCCGCGCAGACGCACAUCUACAUGCUCAUGAAGAAGGACACCUUCUACCGCUACCUCAAGUCGGAUCUCUACAAGAGUCUCCUCGCCAAGGCCGUGGUGCCGCGUGAGACCGACAAGAAUACCCGCUUCCCACGCCACGCGAGCCCCAGUCCAGUGGUGCUGCGUGCGGCCGAGGAGGAGGAGGAGGCACGGAAGGCCACGGCAGCGGUGCCGCAGAUGGAUCUCACACAGGUCAUGAGCAAACUGGACAAGCGAAACCAGCCUGCCAAGUGACACGCACGCAGCACAAACAGGCAGCACACACACACACGCAGCACACACACAC